AACACUAUGGUUUUUUCCCCUUACUCCCUUUCAUUAUAACUCACCAUACAAAAUUUCCAUCAUCUUAUUACCUUCUUUCUCCAAUAUUUUCUCUUCUUCUCUCACAAAAAACCAUGUUAACAUCUCCGGUCCAUGAUUGCGCUAGCUCCUCAGCAUCUCCAGCUGUCAGCUCGACCACGUUAGAGGUAGGGGAAGUUCGUGUUAGCACGGACACGGAAGUGGAAACAAGCAUAUACAAUGCUCAUACCUCAUUUUCAACCUUUACAAAGCCCCAUGCAACGUCUAGCGAUCCAUGCUGGAACACCAUGCGACGUGUCCAAUCAGAAGUUUUGAGUUUGAGCCUUGAUGACUUUUGCUUCAUCCAAAAACUUGGGAGUGGUGACAUUGGCACUGUCUAUCUUGUUGAGUUGAAGGGACAUAGUAAUAAAGGGUGUUUGUUUGCAGCUAAAGUGAUGGAUAAAGAGGAAUUGGUUAGUAGGAGUAAAGAAGGUAGAGCAAGGAUAGAAAUGGAAAUAUUGGAUAUGUUGGAUCACCCUUUUUUACCUACCCUUUACACUACUUUGGACACUGAUAAAUGGUCUCUUUUGUUAACUGAGUAUUGCCCUGGUGGUGAUCUUCAUGUUCUCCGGCAGCGGCUGCCGGAGAAAAGAUUCGAUGAAGCUGCAGUCCGGUUUUACACAUCAGAAGUGGUGGUUGCUUUAGAGUACUUACACAUGAUGGGAAUAAUUUAUCGUGAUUUAAAACCAGAAAAUGUGUUAGUAAGAUCAGAUGGUCAUAUAAUGUUAACUGAUUUUGAUCUCUCACUAAAAUGUGAUGGUUCAAUAGUAAUGCCUCAACUUGUUCAUGAUGAGGGUAUUACUAGUCCCAAGCUAGGUCAUAAUUCAAAUGAUCAAUCCUCCAAUCAUUCGCCUCCGUAUAGUUCUACGUCUUCGUGUAUUCUACCCAAUUGUAUCGUACCACAUGUCUCGUGCUGGUACUCUAAACACAGACGAAGAUGGAGAAGAGGAGGAGUGGGUUCUCAGAGACCACUGAGGUUGGUAGCUGAGCCUAUCGAGGCUCGAUCAAUGUCGUUUGUUGGGACACACGAGUACCUGGCCCCGGAAAUCGUGUCGGGGGAAGGUCAUGGGAAUGCCGUGGAUUGGUGGACGCUAGGGAUUUUCAUGUACGAGUUGCUUUAUGGUGUGACACCUUUUAGAGGACUUGACAACGAGUUCACCCUAUCUAACAUAGUCGCUCGAGCCUUUGAGUUCCCUAAGGAGCCAAUCGUCCCAACUAUGGCUAAGGAUUUGAUUACCCAACUUUUGGUCAAGGACCCUACUAUGAGAAUGGGGUCCAUGAUGGGGGCCACAACAAUCAAACAACAUCCUUUCUUUGAUGGGGUAAAUUGGGCACUAUUGAGAUGUACAACCCCACCUCAUAUUCCCCAAAAUUUCAACAGUACUAGAGACAUUGUCUCAUCUAAUGAUGAUGAUGAUGAUGAUUAUGUAGAUUAUUAUUAAUGAUGUUUUAUUCUUUAAGAAUUUAUUUUUCGAGCA